UCUCUUCACUAAGUUAUAUGAAUUUAAUCAGUUUUUGGUAAAUCACAGAUGAAUGUUAAGGUAAAUCCCUUCUUCCACGAUCAGAAAUCAUAUUUUUUUUAUUAGUUUUGUGAUCUAGUUCAGCCUUGGCUUUAGUUUCCAGUUUCCUCAAUUGUAAACAAUCAUGUCAACUCACAGGCCGGAGCAUGUGGCCCCUCCUGAAAUAUUUUAUUCAGAAGCGGAGGCAAAAAAGUAUACUUCAAACUCUCGUAUGAUUGAGAUUCAAAUGCAGAUGUCUGAACGAGCUAUAGAACUACUUGCAUUACCAGAUGAUCAGCCUUGUUUUAUUUUAGACAUUGGCUGUGGUUCUGGCUUAAGUGGUGAAGCGUUAGAUGAUCAAGGUCAUUAUUGGGCUGGAGUAGAUAUCAGUAAAGCCAUGCUUGACGUUGCUAAAGAACGAGAGGUUGAGGGUGAUGUUAUUUUAGGAGAUAUGGGACAAGGUUUAUGCUUUAGGGCUGGAACAUUCGAUGGAGCUAUCAGUAUCUCUGCUCUUCAGUGGUUAUGUAAUGCUGAUAAACGAACACAUAAACCUGCAAAGCGUCUCCAAGCCUUCUUUACUUCAUUAUAUGCAUGUUUGAGUAGAGGAGCUCGAGCAGUCUUUCAAUUCUAUCCAGAAAAUAGUGAACAGAUUGAACUAGUAACACAGCAAGCUAUGAAAUCUGGUUUUGGUGGAGGGCUAGUUGUAGAUUUUCCUAACAGUACCAAGGCUAAAAAGUAUUUCCUUGUCCUAUUGACUGGUGGGCCUCAAAAACUGCCAGCUGCUUUAGGAACUGAAGAGGCUCCACAAAAUCAUAUUAAAUAUGAAAAAACUAGAAUGAAAUUUAAUAAACACAAAUCAGUGAAAAGCUCUAAAGAGUGGAUUCUGCAAAAGAAAGAAAGACGGAGACGACAAGGAAAGGAAGUUCGUGCAGACACCAAAUAUACUGGAAGAAAGAGAUCCGGUAGAUUUUAAUAUAAAUGGCUUCAUAAUUGAAUGUAUAUAUGUAAUAAAUUUGAACUAGCAAGAA